GAUGACAACAUAUGGCAAUUUUUGUUUCCCCUAACGGUCGUGUUUUUCGGUCGUAUUAUAGUUUUAUUUGUAUGACAUGCCCCCACCUUUCUAUGAAUGCCUUUUCACUAGCCUUAUUAGUUGACCUUUCAAGUUAUUUUCAUCAAGCCUCUAGCAAAGUUUGAAAACUUUGUUUGACAAUUUAGGUCUUUGCAGUUACCGCCUUUCUCCGCCCUAUUUAUAGUGAAAUACCUGAACACAAACCCAAAUGACUCAAAGCAUGGCUUAAAAGCUUCUCGUCAACACUCUUAUCAAACACUUACAAGUACAACGAAAUGAUAAAUCUACAAAAACUACAAAUGAAUUAGAAAAAAAAAUUAUGUGCGACUCAGCUGGUUAAUUUUAGAACAGCAAACAAAGUUCGUGUCAACAGUUUUUAAAAUUUUUGUUGCACCACAUAAAUCAUGUCAAGUUGCUGUUGAAGGUACCCGCGCGAUGUUUUUUUAAAAAUGCAAUUUCGAACCCUUGUCUUUCGGGAGAAUACGGGGGGGUUUUCUCAACGUACUGUCGUCAUCUAGUGGUUCGUGACUCAGGCAAGGGGAGUGCUUAGCAAAUUCUUCAAGCAUCACGAAACAACGGGACAGUGAACACUUUACCGAAUGACGGGCACUUGUCACCCACGUCUGUGUAUUGAAAUGUGAUCGGAGCUAAUUAAAAAAAAUCUUUGUUGGUUUUUCUCUUGAUUUGGCGUUUAUUUGCAAGUGAGUGAAGAAGCCGGCACUUGGCAAAGAGGAUGGCUCUCACUUUGGAAGAAGCAAACUUUCGGAUGUGCUAAAGUGUGGAGCUUUUGUGGAGGCCCUCCAGCCCUCCCCCAACAAGCUAUUAUUUCUGUAUACUGCAGUACAGCCAGUAGGGAUGCAUAUUAAGCCCGGUGUAAACAAUCAUUUUAGAGCGGUAUGAGCCACACUUCUGCAAAUACUGAAUAUUCAAAUCUCGCUUAAGUUUGGUUAAUGCGGCGGCGGUAUUCGCCAAAGGCUCUCCCACGAAUCUAAUGAUCAAAAAAUAUUUUCCAAAAAAUACUCUCUUGCCCGGAUGCCAUGGUAGGCUACGAAGAAUGUUGUGAGAUUACAGCGAACGUUGGAGGCUAAUUUGUCGUUUUCUCUAAGUGUAUUCAGCUUUCAUUGCUCAGCUAAUAAAACUACAAUGAAGUUUAAUAAACUAAAUCGAACUUACGACGCCGUCUCAAGGUUUAAUAACCCGGUCUUUUGUGGCCCGUACAUGCGAUCUCAAAAGGUGAUGUUUACUUUGUGGUUGCAUUUUGGCGAUGCAUUGAUACACGAUCAUUGAAACUAGUUGAAGGCCUAGAGUUUUGCACACAGGCCGAUGCUCAUUAGCUCUCUUCAAAACAAAGGCCACUACAACUCUAGAACGUAUUCACUGGGGAGAAAUUGUCAGGGCUGACAUUCUAUUGUGUUUAUACAUCGCACUGUGGUCCGCUGUUUGCUAGUUUUCAAGAGCCUUGCAUGACACUAAGGAUCAAUUCAAUACUGACUAUAAAUACUGAGUUCUACAAAUCAGAAUACGCGUUGUCCAAUUACAUCGGGGUAGCCCUCUAUCAAAGCGUAUUAGCUGGACAAUAAAGUACUUGAAUGAAAUUCAAUCAACAAUCCAGUGUCAAGUUUUCUCGCCUUUACAAAAUCGCAAAAUCCCCGACCGGCAGUUUUUGAAAUGUUGAAUCUUUAAACGAAAAAAAGUUUUUUUUGCAAGUAAAAAGAAAAACUCAUAUUAGAACCUUAUUUUCUGUCUUUACUUUCCGCUCUUGUUAACGCUGGUUACGUUUCCUGUUGAAGAUAGAAAGUACUCCUGUGGAUCAGUUACUUUCGCACUUUCCGGGUUGCUUCCUAUAAGGGAAAAAAUGGCCACGUAAAACUGUGGGGGAAUAAUUAGUUCAUGAUACGGAGGACAAAAGAAUCGGCGUCACAACCAACCAUUGACAUUUCCAGAGUAUUUCUCUGUUGGACAAUUGAAAGCGUUAAAAUGUAAUUAAUAUAGAUAUGAGUUUAUUUAUAAUAGAGGCGCGCGCUGAUUGGCCGAUCGUCAUAUGAAUUGCAAGGGUUAGUUUGUAAAGCCGGUCGGUGACGCAGACAGUCAUUAGUGUUAGCUCACACUGUCGAGAUCGGACGUCCCGUUACAUUCACUGCUGACUGUUGAUCAAGGCUUAGCUCUCGAGAAACACAUUGUACACCUGAUUUACAAAACGCAAAGAGGGAAGAAAUCGCGGCCAACAUGGAUUCACCCACCCAUUCACCAGAUCCCAGCGAUUUGAAUAACAACACUGAAAUUAAGAGGGAGCCUUCCCCGGACCGCUCUAUCGACUCUCCCGAAGAGAGCAACAACGAGAGCGAGGAGCUCAAGAAGCGAAAGCAGAGGCGCCAAAGGACGCACUUCACCUCCUUCCAACUGCAACAGCUCGAAGGCACAUUUGGUAGAAACCGCUACCCUGACAUGCAGAUGCGCGAAGAGAUCGCCCUCUACACGAACCUGACCGAGGCACGCGUUAGGGUGUGGUUCAAGAAUCGCCGAGCCAAAUGGAGAAAGAAGGAGAAGAAUAACCCAUCGAUACUCGGCCAAGACAAGACAGGACCGAUGAUUCCAAGCCUGAACGGCUUCUUCGAGGGUUCAUGCAACACUGGAGUGCGCUAUGACACAAGUGACAACCCCGGGGCGAUGUACACAAGCUAUAGCCCCAACUACUGGAAACAGAGUUCACCUAGCCUCACUGCCUACAACUCGCUCUCCCAGUCGGGAAAUACGCUCGGCUACAACUCGUUUUCUCCACCUCACGUUGCACCACCGAUCUCGACUCCAUUAAGUUUCACAACGCCAAUUUCCAGCGACAGCCCGCCUUACCCGCCGUCAACUGUAGCAGUUGGUUAUCCCCCGAGUUACCCUAGCUACCCCGAACAGAACAUUUACAUCAAAACGAAACCUUCAAGUAUGAAUCACCACCCGAACUACCCUCAACCCUCGCACUACAGUUCAUAUCCCUACGGAGUUGCAGAGAUCCCGAUAUAGAAGCAGAGGGACCAUAUUUUUGCGCUGUCUUUAUCACAAGGAUAUCGCGAGGGACGAAGCUACGAACUUUGGCCGAUGCACAUCGUGCCAAGGAAAACGUUCUUCUGUAAGACAGACGUGCGCCUAUUUCCUCGACUAAGAGGGUUUAAAACUCUCGAACUAGGGUUUAGCGCCCUGAAAAGUGCAAAUGUGGCAAUAUUUUUAUGGCAAAAGAAUGUUAAGUGUUCGGGUGUGUUUUAUUGGACCAAAGAAGUGAAACUCGGUCCUAAAAUGGUUAUGUAGUUCGAUGUUUUAUUUAACAGUGUUAGAUCUUCUACAUUAGAUAGAAAGAAAUCUUGUUUAAUUCAUUGUACAUAUAGCAAUAUUAGCAUAGAAAGUUCUUUCAAGUUUCGAGAGAGUAUCGCUUAGCGAACACUGAAAUUUCCGUAGUUUUUCCAUGGAGUGAACCGCGAAGUUUUUGUUGCAAAAAAAAAAAAACAUGAAAAAACAAAUAACGCCGAUCAACUCUGAACUUUUUUCUGUAUUUACUGGAAGUUAAUUCAAGUAAAUCUUCAAUGAUAUUCAACUAAGAACACGUUGAUACCCAAGUAAGUGUGUGUUAAUAAUGGUUUUGUUCUAAAGUCGUGUAUUUCGCGCGCCCCUAAUCCCAAAUAGAAUUGAGAAUGUUAUUAACCCGGGAUGUACAUAAACCCGGAAAGAGAAUAUUCCCAGAUCAACAGUUUAGUUUUGUUUAACGCGCGUUAGAAUCUUGAGCUUUACUUUUGCACUUUAAUAAGUCAUUGUUGCCCGCCCAUACAGACGGCCCAAACAGAAGAUUUCAACAAAUUUCACAAAUUCAGAUGCUGAUCGCGAAAUACUCCUAAAAUUCAAGUCACCAGUUAAACCAAGUAAAUAUGUAUUAAAUUAUAUUCUAAUAAAAGAAUGAAUUUGAGUAUCAA